CGAAAAUGAGCCUCUAUUGCCCCCUUUCCCUCCCCUCAUCCUCCCCGGCUCCUCUCCCCUACCCAGCAGCUGUUUCCAGCUUCUUUCACACUCAGCGCCGCGGAGAGCACAUCCGCGGCUCAGCUGAAGGACGGGAGCAAACACACUUAAUUUUCACAUUGCAUAACUGGUCAGGGUCAGGGUGAGGCGAUCGGCAGCGUCUGGCUCAUUUCUGCCGCUCAACCAGGAGGGAGCGCGGAGCAGAAGUUCAACCAGAGCAGAAGAUAAACUUGGGGUAAGCAGUAUAGCUAUGUGAAAAUCUGAAUCUUAUUCAUCACCUUCAGGCUGACUGGUAAGGUGUCAGAGGUCAUUUACAAUUUCCUAUCGGUAAUAAAUAACUGAUGUGCCAUUUUGCAUGAUAUUGUAAGUUGUAGUUGUAGAUGAGAGCAAUGGAAAGAGGAGAGGGGAGAAAAUGUAAUGUAUUCCCCCAGUCUUGCCUCUUUUCUGCAUGUCUACUGGCAUUAAUGAUUGCUAUAUAAAUUAUUUAUUCACACAUUUUAUGUUCUUCUGUCUUCCUAGUUUCUUUUUUUUAUCUGCAAAUGAGACAGCAGAUGUCACAUAAAACUAAUGUCAUAGAAGUAUUCUUAAAUCUUUGUCAGUGUUGUUAUUUUGAAAAACAUGAAUAGAGUCCUUAAAGUUAUUCUACUGAACUACUUAAUUUGCCCCAGUUCAGGAAAAAAAAAAAAACAUUCUGCACAAUCAGUUUUCCAUGUUUCAUCCAUCUUUUUAAAAAAAUAAAUAGAUGCUCUUGCCAUGUGGAUGAGACACUUUUUGGUGUUGCUCAUAAAUGACCCAUGAUUGCCCACAAACAGGUGUGAAGAACAGUUUCCACACCACAGCACCUGCUGUCUGACUUUUCUUUGGGGGGAGGAACCAUUCAGUCCCAACUCGCUACUCAGAUGGAAUUAAAUCAAGGUUUCCCCUGCGACUGCCAUGAAAACACGGAUUAGAGCACAGCUGAGGCAUAGGAUGGGAGCAUUACUCCCAUCCUAUGCCACUUUACAGGUUUCUUUCAGGCAUCUGGUGAUAAAUGAGACAUCCCUGCCUUCGUAAGUGACAUUGAAUGGACAUUUUGCAAUAAGAAAGGUGAGAAACAAACAGCAAAAGCAAAAUUCCUGUUUGAGAUUUCCUAAAGGGAACUUUUUUGUGGCUAUAAACAUCUAAAUGUUGAAGUUUUUGUUCAUAGCCCGCAAGCCAGAUUUUGCAAACCAAUAACACAAAUUGCCAUAUGGUUUUUAUAGUUGUUUCCAUGCUACCCACAUAAGUGCUAAAGGUAUGGGCAGCUCUAACAUCUGUUGGAGUGCCCAUAAAUCUGUAAAGAAAAACUAUUCAGGUUUGGGAACAACAUAUGCUGCCUUGUUUUUCACAAAAUGCUUUAUUAAAGUUUAUUGGUCAGGCAAUGCUUUAUUGGCUACGUGGCUGCUUGAAAAUGUUUGAAAUUGUGAAAGCAUUCUAUAAAUGGAUAAAUUAGUUUAAUUCAAUUGUUUUUUCUUAUUCUUUUUUUAAAACACAGUAAAAAUCUAGGAUGUAAAAUUCAAUAGUUUUGAAAGAAUAGAUUUUCUUUUAUUUUUUUUAGAUGUCAUUUCUUCUUUUUUUGCCACUCCAUCAUUACAAUGUAGUUAGUUAUUUUUCUUUAAUUCAUAUAAAUCAGCACAAAAGAACCAUAGUCAUUGUGGUAUCUGGGAUAUUGACUGAUUUGAUAUUUUAUUUUCCAGAAAUGUCAAUAUGCUAAGUAUGUCUUGUGUUUUAGUAUUUUUGUUAUUAUGUAGUCACAUUUAUUUAUUUCAGUUUUUAUCUUUGUUUCCUAGAAAUCCGCUAAGAAAAUGGUUGGUGAACAAAAUCUGAUGAUUUUAUGCUUUUGCUGAUUUCACCGACUGUGCCCCUUUCCUCUUUAUCAUGUUCACUGGAGCGAAGUCAUGACUUUACUCAACGAGUCCGAAGAGACCACCUCUCUCUCCGCUCCCCUCUCCUCCCUUAGGAACAAUUUCUCAGCCUUUUUCACACCUGACGCCUCUUAUUCCCCUGUAUCCUAUCCCACCUCGUCCUCCUCUUCCUUUCUGCUGACAUCCUCCAACUGCACCGACUCUUCACCAUCUUCCUCGCCACCGUACAACUUCUACGCUGUGCUGUUAGUCCUUCUAAUCUUUUGUGUGGUGUUUGGCAAUGUGCUGGUGUGUGUGGCUGUGUCUCGGGAGCGUGCCUUGCAGACCACCACCAACUACCUCAUUGUCUCCCUGGCCGUGUCCGAUCUGCUGCUGGCAACCCUGGUCAUGCCUUGGGGUGUUUAUCUGGAGGUGGUUGGGGAGUGGCGCUUCAGUCUAAUUCACUGUGACAUCCUGCUCACUCUGGACGUCAUGAUGUGCACCGCCAGCAUCCUCAACCUGUGCGCCAUCAGCAUUGACAGGUACACAGCAGUAGCCAUGCCGCUGCUCUACAACACCAGAUACAGCUCCAGGAGGAGGGUGGCUGUGAUGAUUGCCGUGGUGUGGUUUCUCUCUUUUGCCAUCUCCUGCCCUUUGUUGUUUGGACUGAACAAUACAGACAGCCGGGAAGGCACCACAUGCAGCUUCGCAGACCCGGCGUUCGUGGUCUACUCCUCUGUCGCAUCUUUCUAUGUACCAUUUAUCGUAACAUUGUUGGUGUAUGCCCAGAUCUGCGUGGUGUUGCGUAAACGUGGGAGACGCACUGCCCCACCGCGCAAACACGGUGGUCCUGGAGCAGCAGAGAGUCGACAGCGGAAGAAUAAGUGCACACAACCAGAAGAUGUGAAACUGUGUACCCUGAUCCUUAGGCCUGCCACUGCAGGUCCUCAACGAAAGAAAGUGAGCCUCGUGAAGGAGUCUGUGGUUCAUCCCCUCGAAGUGGAGCCGGGUCGUUUCCUACCACAGACGGAGCAGAAUCUACCGCCUCCCAACGCUCCACAGCCUUCCAAUCAUUCACUGCAGUCUAAGAUCUCACUCUCCAUCGCAGUAGGACCGGCUCCGGCUCUUCCCUCAACCGUGGCGCGAUCCGCUUUAACGCCCCGUCCCCCCACCCUCGAGGAUGGCAUGAGGGGUCGAGAGGGGUGGAGGGAGCGCAGCGGAGGCAGAGAGAAAUGGGGCACCACCAAGGAGAGGGUGAGAGGGAGGCUCUCACAGCAGAAGGAGCGGAAGGCAACACAGAUGCUGGCUAUUGUGCUGGGUGUGUUCAUCAUCUGCUGGCUGCCUUUCUUCCUGACCCAUGUGCUAAAGGCCCACUGCAGGAGCUGCUGCAUCUCACCUUCUCUGUACAGUGCCGUCACCUGGCUUGGAUAUCUCAACAGUGCUGUAAAUCCUGUCAUCUACACAACUUUCAACAUUGAAUUUCGCAAAGCCUUCAUCAAAAUCCUGCACUGCUAGCCCAGACUAAAAAUGCAUCAGUUGUCAAAAUAAAUAAAUAAGAAAACAAGUUGUGGGACUUGUUAAGAGGUUGCAAAGAUAAAAAUACUCUGUGACAGUUUGAUUCUGAGAGGAACUGAGACUAUAAUCUGUGUGACUUGGAGUCAUAGAGAUAAAGAUUUAUUUUGGAAAGCUUGAGAAAAAAAAAAUUGAAUCAGCGCCUCAGACAAGACUAAGCCACAGAGAGAAAACAAUGUUUAUGAAGCCAAUGACAGCAGGCACAAAAUAUCCUUCAAAAAAUAGUUUGUGACAAGUGGAAGACAGCGACAAGAAAAAUAACAAAGGUGGAGAAAUGUACAGUAAAGGAGACAAAUACUGUGCAAUGUGUCUAUAUUCUGUAAAGGGAAUACGUUCAGACAGGUGAUCAUACUUCAUCAUUCUGACUCAGACUCCACAUUUGUGGAUAUCAGCGCAGCACUACUGUUUCCUGAGUACUCAAACCUUUGAUUUGUAUUUGACCGAUUCGGCUACAUUAACUUGUGAUCUCAACAAACCUUCUCUCAAUGUGUUUGCAUGUGCUGGUAUUUCUCACAUUACAGGAACAAAUAAAAUGCACAAGAAAAGGAAAGGAAAUACCGGUACUCCAAAUUUGUUUUUGUUUAAUUUUGUAUUGGUGACAUGGUUUUGGAAACCUACUUUCAUUUACUAAAUAUGUGCUGUCAGUAAUUGUUUUUAAUCCCAACCCUACUUCAGUGCAUAAAUUGUGCCAUCUAUAAUUUACUGUUUGAAUAGAUUUUGUGUUGAACAUUGUGUAAAUAAAUAUUAUCAAUCAAUAAAUAUUAUCAAAUAAAAA